GCCAGGGUAGGAUGGUACACACAUGGGUGGCUGCUUCUGCAUCCCCGGGGAGCGGAGUCUGACCUGGGGCCCAGGUAAAGAAACUCCUUCCAAGGAUCCAACUGUUUCGAGUGAGUGUAUAGCUUCAUCUGAAUACAAGAAAAAAUGUUUUCUGCCACAGGACAUGAAUCCAGACCUGACACUCUCCUUCUGUGUAAAGAGCCGCUCGAGGAGGUGUGUAAAUGGACCCCUGCAGGAAGCUGCUCGGAGGCAGCUCUGGGCGUUGGAGAAUGAGGAUCAAGAGGUGCGCAUGUUGUUUAAGGACCUCUCAGCAAGAUUGGUCAGCAUCCAGUCUCAGAGGGCCCAGUUUCUUAUCACCUUCAAAACAAUGGAGGAAAUCUGGAAAUUCUCCACCUACCUUAAUUUAGGCUAUGUAUCCAUGUGUCUGGAACAUCUCCUCUUUGACCACAAGUACUGGCUCAACUGCAUAUUGGUGGAGGAUACAGAGAUCCAAGUGUCUGUAGAUGAUAAACACCUGGAAACAAUAUACCUGGGCCUCCUCAUACAGGAAGGCCACUUCUUCUGUAGAGCCCUGCGCUCUGUGACUCCACCAGCCGAGAAGGAAGGGGAGUGGUUGACACUUUGCAAGAAUGAGUUAAUCUCAGUGAAGAUGGCAGAAGCAGGGUCCGAGUGGGAAGGCGUGUCCUUGGUGACAGGUCAGCGGGGCCUGGUACUGGUGUCAGCCUUGGAGCCUCUGCCUCUCCCUUUCCACCAAUGGUUCCUAAAGAAUUAUCCAGGAAGCUGCAGCCUUUCCAGGAACAGGGAUUGGACAGGCUCCUAUCAGAUUGGCAGAGGACGCUGUAAGGCCUUGAAGGAUUACGAGCCAGAAGGAAAGGAUGAACUGAGUUUCUACCAGGGAGAAAGCAUUGAGAUCAUUGGCUUUGUCAUACCUGGGCUUCAGUGGUUCAUUGGAAAGUCGACGAGUUCAGGGCAAGUGGGCUUUGUCCCCACCAGGAACAUAGAUACUGAUUCUUAUUCCCCAAUGAGCAGAAACUCUGCCUUUCUCAGUGAUGAGGAGAGAUGCUCCCUGUUGGCCCUGGGAAGUGAUAAGCAGGCUGAGUGUUCCAGCUUCCUCCACACUCUUGCUCGCACUGACAUCACAUCUGUCUACCGGCUCAGUGGGUUUGAAUCCAUCCGAAAUCCUCCAAAUGAUCUGAGUGCGUCCCAGCUUGAAGGCUUCAAGGAGGCCAAGCCUGGCAGAGCCUGGGAGGACCGUCAGGCCAUGGGCUUCCAACAGUCCAGCAGCUCUGAGGACUCCAGCCUGGAGGAGGAGCUCCUCUCGGCAGCCUCAGAUAGCUAUCAACUGCCGGAACCUGAUGACCUUGAUGACCCGGAACUGCUCAUGGACCUAAGCACUGGUCAGGAAGAGGAAGCCGAGAACUUUGCCCCCAUAUUGGCUUUUCUGGAUCAUGAAGGUUACGCUGACCACUUUAAGAGUCUCUAUGACUUCUCCUUCUCUUUCCUCACUUCUUCCUUUUACAGCUUCUCUGAGGAGGAUGAGUUUGUGGCCUACCUGGAGACAUCAAGAAAGUGGGCCAAGAAGAGUCACAGGACCUGGGCGCAUGCCCGGCUCUGCUUCCUCCUGGGCCGGGUGAGCAUCAGGAAGGUCAAACUCUCUCAGGCCAGGGUGUACUUUGAGGAGGCCAUCCACAUUCUCAAUGGGGCGUUUGAGGACCUAUCCUUGGUGGCCGCUCUGUACAUCAAUUUGGCCGCCAUCUACCUGAAGCAGAGGCUGAGACAUAAAGGCUCCACCCUGUUGGAAAAGGCAGGUGCCCUGCUGGCCUGCCUGCCUGACCGUGAGUCUAGUGCCAAGAAUGAACUUGACGUGGUGGCCUACGUGUUGCGCCAGGGGAUUGCAGUGGGCAGUAGCCUGCUGGAGGCCAGGGCCUGCUUUCUGGCCAUCCGCUUGCUCCUGAGCCUAGGCCGGCACGAGGAGGUCCUGCCCUUUGCUGAGCGCCUGCAGCUCCUCUCUGGACACCCUCCUGCCUCUGAGGCUGUGUCCAGUGUUUUGAGUUUUCUAUAUGACAAGAAAUAUCUUCCACACCUUGCAGUGGCCUCUGUCCAGCAACAUGGUAUCCAGAGUGUCCAAGGGAUGUCUCUUCCUAUUUGGCAGGUCCACCUGGUCCUCCAGAACACAACGAAGCUCCUUGGCAUUCCCUCCCCAGGCUGGGGUGAAGUUUCCACCUUGGCCUGCCCCAUGCUCAGACAGGCCCUGGCUGCCUGUGAGGAGCUAGCAGACCGGAGCACCCAGAGGACCCUGUGUCUCAUCCUGUCAAAAGUGUACCUCCAGCACAGGUCUCCGGAUGGUGCCAUCCACUACCUGAGCCAGGCAGUGGUGCUAGGGCAGCUGUUGGGUCAACAGGAAUCCUUUGAGUCUUCCCUCUGCCUGGCAUGGGCCUAUCUCUUAGCCAGCCAGGCCAAGAAGGCUUCGGAUGUGCUUGAGCCACUGCUACGCUCCCUGAAGGAGACAGAGAGUGCCACUCAAAAGGGAGUUGUCCAUAACCUCCUGGGACUUGCACUCCAAGGUGAAGGCCGGGUGAACAGGGCAGCCAAGAGCUAUCUUCGGGCCUUGAACAGAGCUCAGGAGGUGGGAGAUGUGCGUAACCAGGCAGUGGCUAUGGCCAAUCUUGGUCACCUGAGCCUGAAGUGCUUGGCUCAGCAUCCAGCCAGAAACUAUCUCCUGCAGGCUGUACGACUCUACUGUGAACUUCAAGGCAGCAAGGAGACAGACAUGGAAUUAGUACAGGUGUUUCUCUGGUUGGCUGAAGUUCUGGUGUCUGGACACCAGCUGACGCAUGGCCUUCAUUGCUAUGAAGUGGCAUUGCUGUUUGGCUUAAGGCAUCGACACCUAAAGAGUCAGCUUCAGGUCACCAAGUCCCUCUGCCAUUUCUACAGCUCUGUGUCCCCAAAUCCUGAAGCAUGCAUCACCUACCAUGAGCAUUGGCUGGCCCUGGCUCAGCAACUCAGGGACCGGGAAAUGGAAGGGAGGCUGCUGGAGUCCCUGGGGCAGCUCUAUCGGAACCUAAACACUGCGAGGUCGCUCAGGAGGUCCCUCACGUGCAUCAAGGAGAGCCUGCGUAUCUUCAUUGACCUGGGGGAGAAAGACAAGGCUGCUGAGGCCUGGCUUGGGGCGGGGCGACUCCACUACCUCAUGCAGGAAGACGAGCUGGUGGAGCUGUAUCUGCAGGCAGCCAUCCAGACAGCCCUGAAGUCAGAGGAGUCUUCGCUGGCUCUCAAACUUUAUGAAGAAGCAGGUGAUGUGUUCUUCAAUGGGACCCGCCACAGACAUCACGCAGUGGAGUACUAUCGAGCUGGAGCUAUUCCUUUAGCAAGGAGGAUGAAGGCAGUGAGAACUGAGCUCCGGAUUUUCAACAAGCUCACAGAGCUGCAGAUCAGCCUCGAAGGCUACGAGAAGGCUUUGGAAUUUGCCACCCUUGCCGCCAGGCUCAGCACGGUCACAGGAGAUCGGAGGCAGGAGCUGGUGGCCUUUCACCGCCUGGCUACAGUGUACUACUCCCUACACAUGUAUGAGAUGGCUGAGGACUGCUAUCUGAAGACCUUGUCCCUCUGUCCACCCUGGCUGCAGAGUCCCAAGGAGGCUUUGUACUACGCCAAGGUGUAUUAUCGCCUGGGCCAACUCACCUUCUGCCAGCUGAAGGAUGCCCACGAUGCCACUGAGUACUUCCUGCUGGCCCUGGCAGCAGCUGUCCUGCUGGGUGACGAGGAGCUUCAGGACACCAUUAGGAACAGGCUGGACAACAUCUGCCAGAGCCCCAUGUGGCACAGCAGCCCAUCUGGGCGCUCCUCAGAGAGGGCACGGUGGCUGAGUGGUGGUGGCCUGGCCCUCUGAGUAAAGUUGUCCUGUCUCUGGACAUUUGGCAGGUCAGACUCUGCCCCCUGCGCUAGAUUCUUAGAUACUCAUUGGGAGGGACCAAGUCUCUACCUGGCCUAGCCCUCUCAUUUUACAAUGAGAAGAAUGAAGUCCAGAGGCAGAGUGGCUCAUUGCAGGCCACAGAAAGAUCUGAUGGGGCAGCGAUGAGAAUUCCUGGCUCCGGGCUUUGCAUCUGGAGUCUUUACCAGUUGAUUGUUGCCUUCCACACAAACAGCCUCUGAAAAGCACUUUCUCCACAUGUAAUUCUGGAGAAGAUGAGGAAUCUUGCCCUCUGGGAAUCUUCCUUCCUCCCCUAGUGAGGAAAUGGGUCACUGCACUGGUGCAAAGGCAAGCAGAUUGGAGUUUGUGUUCUUCAUCGAUUUUCUCAGGGAAAGACCUCCUCCCCUUGCCAGUGCAGGAACCUGUAGUUUCUUCCAUUUCUUUCUUCAGAACCAAAGUAGGUAUCACUCCUCGUGCUCACAAGGAUUGGCAGAAGAGAAUUCAGCAGGUUCUAAGCUCGAAAGGCACAGCCUCAGCGUGGCCAAAUGAAUUGCAGCAAACCUGACUUGGAUUCACCAUCUUCCUCCUGCCAUAGAGCUGUGUUCCCACAGAGAACCUCCCAGAAACUCCAGGGAAGCUUUCCAAGAGCCGAGGCUUGGAAAUUGAGUGUUAAGAAAAUUAUGACACACAUUACAUAUAAAUAGUGUAUAUGAUUAAAUAUUGCCAGUUAUAUUUA